AUGGCCUCCUCUCAGGAGCUCUCAUACGCUAUUCCCGCCCAAUUUGCAUCGGUCGCGUAUUGUACACCUACUAUGGUUGCUUCCUGGUCUUGUGGAGGGAAGUGCGAUGCAUUACUUGGCGUAAAGAUCUAUGGGACUGGCGGAGAUGGCUCUGAUACACAAUAUUGGUAUGUCGGUUAUGACGCGAACCAUCUUGGAGCUAUCGUCGUCGGUCAUCAGGGAACGAACCCGUCUGAGCUCGAAGCUGAUUUACUCGAUUUGGAUAUCAUUCUCGAGAGGCCCAACCCCAAGCUCUUUCCCGGCCUCCCUUCCUCAGUUGAAGCACAUAGUGGAUUCCUUGGUACACAUUCGCGCUCGGCCCCUGGGGUACUAGUGGCGGUGAACAUUGCCAUGAAAGCUACUGGAUCGAAGACGGUCUAUAUCAUGGGGCAUUCACUUGGAGGAGCCAUUGCGCUUCUUGACGCUGUCUACCUCCCGCUUCACCUCCCUCCUGAUACAGUAUUCUACACUAACACUUUUGGAAUGCCACGCGUCGGUAAUCAAGCCUUCGCCGACUACGUUGACGCCCAUGUCACUAACCUUGCUCGCAUUACCAAUAAAAAGGAUCCAAUCCCUACCCUCCCGUACCGCUCCAUGGGAUAUCACCAUUCCUCAGGAGAGAAGCACAUCGUCACCACGGGGACAGCCUUUGGGGAUUGGUACGCUUGUAAAGGGCAGGAUAACACUAAUCAGAACUGCUCUACCGGUGCGGUGCCCAACAUCUUCGCGGGAAAGGAGUCCGAUCACGGUGGCCCCUAUGGAGCCAUAGUUAUAGGAUGUUAG